AUGAACGAAGAACACUUAAACACUGUAUACCCUCCAGCACUGACUCGCUCCUGGGCAUACAAGGUUGUACCAACACGCUCGGAAAAGUGCUCUUCUGGAAUACGUCAACAUAUAUUACGCGACUAUUCAGAAGUCAUUGAACGUCCGACACCUCUCCAGCACCAUCGAUGUGCCCGUCGUUGCAUGUUGUCGAAGGAGAAGUACACAUCCUUUUACAGUGUUCCGAACCACAGGGUUGCAUUUGAGGUCUGCAAAGACCUCGUUAAUGAGCCAGGUCUGGACUUGUUGCGGAAAGGAGGGCUCUUGCAUCGAAAUAUCAGCGGCUCCGCCUGUAUGUUCUUUUACAACGAGAAGGCGCGAAAGUAUCAGGCCAAACUGGCUGAUUUGGAAUACUGCAAGCGAUAUCAGGCCACAGGCUUCCAUGAUCCCAAAUCUGUCUCCCGUGAAUUUGCCGCCGUUGAAGUUUUGAGUAAGAAUUGGACGAUUAGCCCGCGGGAUAUUCCCAAGUUGCGGGCAAAUGGGGGGCUUCCCCCUUUCCAUCGGCAUUACUACCACGAUCUGGAGUCGCUCUUCUGGCUACUAAUCUGGUAUGCAAUCACCUACUUGCCCAUCCACGACCCGGAAACAGCGCAGGACAUUGUGGCCAAAAUCAAUGUCGGCUCGUGGAAGACAAUGAUUUUUGACGCUUUAUUCCCGAGGGAGCGUCAGUCACAGCAUGGCAACAGGCAACUUUUCUGGGCCGGCUCAGGGAGCAUUUACAUUGAUUUGAUGGAUGAGGCCCAAUGGCCAGAAGAAACGGUAUACGUACUCCUCAGAUUCGACGAAAUAAUUUCCGAGUUUCAUUCAGCAUACACAUCACUUCAUCGCAGUCCCCCCAAGGAUAACGCAGCGCGAUGGCCCGACGCACAGUUCAGUGAUUCACUAUACGAGAAGUUUAUCAGCAUCCUAGACGAUGUUGCUACCCACUUGGGAUCUCGAUAUUCGGUCUCGAUGUGGGAUCUGAUAAAGUAA